UACAGCUCAGCCGGGCGCAAUGUCAUUCCUCCGGAGUCAAUGUUUACUAAUAUAAUCACGGAGAAAGGGUAAUUUUAAAACAAUCUACACGCAUGGACACAUAGUCGGAUGAUUCGGCCGAAGGACAGCGUUGUGAUUUAAUGUUGUUUUAUUGAAAGGAGGGAUUUUUCCCCCCAUAUUGGCUGAAAGGACAGCUCAUGAAGUUCAUCUUGCAUAGGCCCUUUGUAUGAAGGUUGUUAAUGAACUAAACAUGACUGUGUGGCGACAGUUUGGGCUGCUACUGUGGAAGAACUACCUCCAGCAAAAACGUCAAAUCUUGGUGACAUUGGUGGAGAUCACACUGCCCCUCCUGUUCGCCGCCAUCCUAAUUGUACUGCGUCAGAAGGUGUCCUUUACCAACUACCCCAAUGCCACAUCAUAUGAUAGCUUCUCACUGAAAUGGCCUCCUCCUCUGCUCCCCUCAAACCUACAACUCGCCUAUGUGCCGGCAAAUUCCAGCGUGGUACGCCAGGUGGCUGAGGAUGUGCAGCUCAGCCUGAAACAGGGCUUCAUCAGUGCCGUGCGUGGGUUUGAGACCGAGCAUCAGUUUGAGGAGUAUGUGAAGACAGACCCUGAAUCAGCAAAGAUCCUGGCAGCAGUGGUGUUUGAGCAUUCCUUUACUCAAGAUGAUGAUCCUCUCCCACUUCAGGUCAGAUAUCACCUGCGGUUCACCUACAGCCCCCGAAAUGCUCCUUCCAGGGAAAAAUCAGAGCUGAAUCCAAACAAUGACCUUGACUGGCACACUCUCAGCCUGUUCCCCCUUAUUCAGCUGCCUGGACCUCGAGAGCAGCAUGAUUUACGUGGGGGUACUCCAGGCUAUUACCGUGAGGGUUUCCUGAUGAUUCAGCAUGCUGUGGAUCAAGCCAUCAUGAAGGCCUACAACAGGACAGCGGCGACUGCCCUCUUCAUGCAGACACAGGUCGUGCUGUCACGUUUCCCUUACCCGGCUUUCAUCUAUGACGUCUUCAUCCUGGCGAUCCAGAACCAGCUGCCCCUCCUGUUGGUGCUCAGUUUCACCUACACGUCCCUCAACAUUGUCCGAGCCAUCGUGCAGGAGAAGGAAAGGAAACUCAAGGAAUACAUGAGAAUGAUGGGUCUGAGCAACUGGCUGCACUGGAGUGCCUGGUUCCUCAUGUUCUUCAUUUUUCUCUCCAUUUCCAUCUUCUUUGUCACCUUGCUCUGCUGUAUCCAGGUGAGUCCAAAUGGCGCAGUGCUGACCUAUAGUGACCCUACACUAGUCUUCGUCUUUCUCCUUGUAUUUGCUGUGGCUACUAUCAGCUUCUGUUUCAUGAUCAGCUCCUUCUUCUCCAGAGCUAAUGUUGCAGCAGCGGCAAGUGGUUUUCUCUACUUCUUUAGCUACCUGCCGUACCUCUUCCUGUGGCCACGUUAUGACCUGCUAUCACAUGCUCAGAAAGUGUCUGCCUGUCUCAUCUCUAAUGUAGCCAUGGCUAUGGGUGCCCAGCUUAUUGGAAUGUUUGAAGGCAAAGGCGUGGGAAUCCAGUGGAGUAAUCUGUUUCAGCCUGUGACUGUGGAUGAUGACUUCUCACUGGCUCAAGUUCUUGGGCUCUUGCUGCUGGAUGCUAUUUUCUACAGCACAGUGGCUUGGUACAUCGAGGCCGUCUUUCCUGGCGAGUAUGGAGUCCGGCCAUGGUACUUUUUCAUACUGCCCUCAUACUGGUGCAACAGUCCUCGAGUUGCCCUGCUGAAGGAGAAGGAGGAAGAAGAAGAUGCAGAGAAAGCACUGAAGGGCGAACUAAUUGAAGAAGAGCCGACUGGAUUAGUCUCAGGGGUCAAAAUAAAACAUCUGGCCAAGUCUUUUAAGAUGGGCAAUAAGACCAAAGAAGCAGUGAAGGAUCUCACGUUGAACAUGUUUGAAGGCCAGAUCACGGUACUGCUAGGACACAAUGGAGCUGGAAAGACCACCACACUGUCUAUGCUGACUGGCUUGUUUCCUCCCAGCAGCGGCCGAGCUUACAUCAAUGGCUAUGACAUAUGCCAGGAUAUGGUGCUGAUUCGCCGCAGUCUAGGCCUGUGUCCACAACAUGAUGUGCUUUUUGACAACCUCACAGUCCGAGAGCAUCUGCUUUUCUAUGCCCAGCUAAAGAGCUAUCCUCGUGAGAAGAUUCCAGAUGAGGUGGACCGCAUCAUCCAUAUCCUAAAUCUGGAGGAUAAGAGGAAUGCACGGUCGAAGACCCUUUCAGGGGGAAUGAAGCGCAAGCUUUCUAUUGGAAUUGCACUUAUUGGAGACUCAAAGGUGGUGAUGCUGGAUGAGCCUACAUCUGGCAUGGACCCAUCAGCGAGGCGAGCCAUAUGGGAUCUUUUGCAGGGCGAGAAACGAGGUCGCACCAUACUUCUCACCACACAUUUCAUGGACGAGGCUGACCUUCUGGGAGACCGCAUUGCUAUCAUGGCUGGUGGGGAACUCCAGUGCUGUGGCUCACCUCUCUUCCUCAAAAAUAAAUACGGUGCUGGCUACCACAUGGUAAUAGUAAAAGAUGCAUUGUGUAACGUAUCAGAGAUCAGCCGACUGGUCCACAUGUACGUGCCCAAUGCCACCCUGGAGAGCAGUGCUGGGGCUGAACUUUCCUACAUCCUGCCAAAAGAGAGCACCAGCCGGUUUGAGCUUCUGUUUGCUGAACUGGAAAUGAACAGAGAGGAGUUGGGCAUCGCAAGCUAUGGAGCAUCUGUUACUACCAUGGAGGAAGUUUUUCUUAGGGUCGGGAAGCUGGUGGACUCCAGUCUAGACAUUCAGGCUAUUCAGCUUCCAGCCCUGCAGUACCAGCAUGAGCGCAGGUCACAUGACUGGACAGUUGAUGAUACUAGCAGUAUCAGCGGCAUGACUGAUGUGACGGACUUCACCGAUAGUGGCACAUUGAUCUCAGAGGACUGCUCCAACAUCAAACUCAACACAGGGGCUAAGCUGUACAUGCAGCAGUUCUAUGCCAUGUUCCUAAAAAGGGCACUGUAUAGCUGGCGGAACUGGAAGGUGAUCGUGGCACAGUUUUUAGUGCCACUUAUCUUUACAGCAGUCGCUCUUGUAGUGGCUCGAACUCUCCCUGGGCAACACAAAACCCCAGAACUUCCCCUAGCACUCAGCCGCUAUGGCCCCACCACUGUACCCAUGGCCCUGGAUUUGAAUGCUGGACCCUUGGCUACAGCACUUGCUGAGGCUUAUGCUAGCCAGCUUGCUGCCCAGAGUGCCACACCAGUGACCAAUCUAACCGACUUCUCAGAGUAUAUACUGAAUAAUGCCAUAAGGGAAGGAGGAGUAUUCAAUGAACACUGUGUGGUGGGUGCUGCUUUUCGUCGCCUAACGAACAGGUUUGCUGAAAUCACUGGCUACUUCAACAACCAAGGCUACCACACACCAGCUACAGCACUCAUGCUGGUGGAUAAUGCACUGUACAAGCUCUUGGCUGGCCCCAAUGCUUCCAUCCAGACAGGAAACAAACCCAUGCCGCGCAAUAUGUCUGAGACAGCCCAGAGCCAGCUCUCCGAAAGCCAGACUGGCUUUGCCAUAGCCAUUAACCUGAUGUAUGGGAUGGCAUCUUUGGCUAGCACCUUUGCCCUUCUCCUGGUAAUUGAGCGCUCUGUGAAGUCCAAGCAUGUGCAGCGGGUCAGCGGUGUCUACGUCUCCAACUUCUGGUUCUCUGCUUUGCUCUGGGACCUGAUAAACUUUGCGCUGCCUUGUCUUCUAAUGCUGGUGGUGUUCCGUGCGUUUGGGGUGAAGGCCUUUGUGGAGGAAAAUCACUUGGUAGCUGUACUCCUUUUAUUGCUGCUAUAUGGCUGGGCUGUGAUUCCACUCAUGUACCUGCUCAGCUUCCUGUUCUCUAGCGCUGCCACUGCUUUCACCCGCCUCACAAUCUUCAACAUUAUCAGUGGCACAGCCACCUUCCUUGCUGUCACCAUCAUGACCAUCCCUGAGUUGCAGCUGCAGAAUCUCUCACGUCUACUGGAUAAAGUAUUCCUGCUGUUCCCCAACUACUGCUUGGGCAUGUCCUUUAGCCAAUUCUACCAAAACUAUGAGACCAUCAGCUUCUGCACCACCAGUGACUUCACUAAAGGAAUCUGCCAUUUUUACAACAUCACCUAUCAGCUGAACUACUUCUCUAUGAAUGAACCCGGAGUGGGCUGUUACCUGGUGGCCAUGUCCCUGCAGGGUGUGGUUUUCCUCAUCCUUCUCUUCGUCAUCGAGCUCCAGUGCAGCAACAUGCUCUUCAACCUCUGUAGGAGAUACAAGAAGGGUAUGCCGGUCAGAGAAGAAGCCCUUCAACCUGAGGAUAGAGAUGUAGCUGAUGAGAGAAAGAGGGUUUUGGAAUGUCAGCCUGUGGUGGAGUCCAUGGUGGGCAGUCCUCUUAUUCUGCAAGAACUUACUAAGGUGUACUCAGGGAGCAAGUCUCUGCUGGCAGUGGACCGCUUGUCCCUGGCUGUGGGGAAGGGUGAAUGCUUUGGCCUGCUAGGUUUUAAUGGAGCAGGAAAGACGACUACAUUUAAAAUGCUGACUGGAGAUGAGACUGUGACUGCAGGAGAUGCCUUCAUUGAUGGCUACAGUAUUCUUCGUGACGUGAAGAAGGUACAGCAACGAAUUGGCUACUGCCCUCAGUUUGACGCUGUGCUGGAUCACAUGACUGGUCGCGAGACUCUCAGCAUGUAUGCAAGGCUCAGAGGAAUCCCAGAGAAAUACGUGUUUGCAUGUGUGGAGAAUGUGCUCCGCUCGUUGCUCCUGGAGCCACAUGCUGACAAACUGGUCCGCAGUUACAGUGGGGGCAACAAGAGGAAGCUGAGUGCAGGUAUGGCUCUGAUUGGUGGGCCACCUGUCAUCUUCCUGGAUGAGCCGUCCACUGGCAUGGACCCCGUGGCCAGACGCUUGCUCUGGGAUGCAGUCACACGCACCAGAGAAUCGGGCAAAGCCAUCGUUAUCACCUCACACAGUAUGGAGGAGUGUGAGGCUUUGUGCACUAGACUGGCUGUGAUGGUCAAUGGGCAGUUUAAGUGUCUGGGCAGCCCACAGCAUCUAAAGAGCAAAUUUGGCAGUGGAUACACACUGUUGGCCAAAAUCCACAUGGAGGCUGAUUUGGAGGAGAUGGACCUUCAGCUCUUUAAAGACUUCAUCGAAAGCACCUUCCCUGGUAGCUUAUUGAAAGAUGAACACCAGGGAAUGGUACAUUAUCACUUGACUGACAAAACAUUAACCUGGGCUCAGGUUUUUGGGACCCUUGAGGCAGCUAAGGAGAAAUAUAGCAUUGAGGACUAUUGUGUGGGUCAGAUCUCACUGGAGCAAGUUUUCCUGAGCUUUGCUCAGUUCCAGCACUGUUCAGAAGGUCAGAGGAAAUCAGACUGAGAGAGAGAGAUGAAGACUCCUGUAGUUUUUUCUUAUUUAAAGCCUUUAUGUGGUGCAAACUGGGCUGAGAGAUUUUUCUCCACAUGUUCAGGUCUCAGAAAAUUUCUUUCUCUUCACCAUACAACACCACAAAGGUGUCAGCCACUAUACUGCACUGGUACUGUAUUUCAGUACUCCCAGAUCUUGGACUGUACUUUGGAGAUCUCAUCUAAGCACGUGUAGUGUUUGUUUAAAUUGUGUGUGUGUGUUUUGGGGGGGGGAGUAGUCGUCAUUGCAAGCUGGAAUUUUAAUGUCUUUGCACCAGUUGGAUGCUCCUAAAUCAUGAUUAUCUGAUGGUCUGGAUUAUGUGUAAAUGUCUACAUAUGUAUGAAGCUGCUUGAGAAAUGUAUGAUUUUAUUGGGGUUUUUUGUUUCUUUUCUUUAUGUUUUACUGCAGCCAUGCAUUUGACAAUAUGUGUAUUGAAGCUGUACUGCAAAAAUAAUAACCUUAAAGAAUCAAAAUAAGUGUAUAAACAAUGCCACGCUAUCCCUAUCUCUCAAAGAAAACAUGCAGCUACAUUGUAAUACAUAAAUGUUUGGGGAAUUUUAGCCCUUUUUUCUGUUCCCCCCCCCCCCCCCCCCCCCCCCCCAACAGGAAUUAUUUGAACUGUUUGCCAAACCAUUCUUACACACAUUUUUUUUUUCUUCCUAACACAAACUGUAUUUUUGCACAGGAAUCCUUCCUCCAAAGAAUUAGUUAAACAAGGAAACAUGAAAUACUUUUGCUUCCCUGGCUUACAGAUGAAAAAAAACAAAACACAGUAUAACUUUACUUUUUGCCUAUUUGCAUUGACACUGCCUUCCUUGUGUCUCCUGAAAAUAUAGCACAUACACUACAUGGUCAGUUGUCCAAUGACUUUUGGCCAUCACACUGAUAUGUGCUUAUUGAACAUCCAAUUCCAAAGUAGGUUCCUCUUUGCUGUUAUAAUAACCUGCAUUAUUCUGGGAAGGCUUUCCAUUAGAUUUUGUAGCAUGGCUGUGGGGAUUUGUUCCCAUUCUGCCACUAGAAAUACCCAUCAGAUUCUUAGAAAAUUAGAAAUACCACUCAAAUUCUUCCACUCAAAUUUUUCCACUCUUCUUCCUUGGCAAACCAUGGAACUCACUUUGUGCACAGGGGCAUUGUCAUGCUGGAACAUAAGCAAAUCUCUUAGUUCCAAGGAAAUGGAAUCUUAUUAUUACAGCAUACAAAGACAUUUUAGACAGUUGUGUGCUUUUUAGCUUUGUGGCAACGGUUUGGGGAAGAACCACAUAUGGCUGUGAUGGUCAGGUGUCCACAACCUUUUGGCCAUAUACAGUAGUGUACUAUGACAGGAAACCAAACUGUACUAGAACAUUCUAAUAACUGAAAUAAUGGAAUUAAGUAUCUUCACUUGACCACAAAGUAGCUGUUGCUUCAGUCAUCAAGGCUCUGUGUGUUAAAUUCUCAUCAGAGUACUAGUAAAACGCCACCUGUGUUGUGACUUAAUCUGCAAAAUGUUUAAAUUCAAAUGUCAAAGUCUCUUAACUGACAUAGUAUAUUUAAGCAUUUUUGUAUGUUGUGUAAAGAAUGUUACCUAGUCAUCACUGUUGAUUUCAAAGGAAAAGUGACACUACUAUGUUGUAUGCAUGUACCUCAUGCGUAAAUGGUUGUUUAAUUUACAACUGUGCUUUAUUUUACAGUCUUGGACAAAAAAAAUAAUCUGCAUUACUGAUCCAGGAUAAUUCAUUUUGAAAAACGUCAGUCUGUAUGCUCAGUUGUGAUUAGUACAUUCCUAAUAUCUUGACUAACAUUCUGAUUCAUUCUGAGGCAUCGUGAGUAAAUUGUAUGUCAUAUUUGCCGGAGUUUGACUGAGUUGAUGGGUGUCUCACUGCUGUGUGUAUCCUUUGGUGGUCAAUUAGUGGUGUGGCUUAAAGGUCUGAAACGUGUACAGGGCUUCUUUUUUAAUUUGUUUUUAAUUUAUUUUUAUUUGUACAUUUGCACACAAUAAUAGCUUUCCCUUUUGAUCUGAUUGUUGUAAACCACACAUGCUUUUUGAGGUCUGAAGAACUUUUUUAUGAUUAAAACCAUGUUGAUUAUAGUGGUAAUAAUUUGACAUGGAUAAAAGGGAAUUGAUAUCCUAUGUACUGUACUACUGAAUUAAUCUUUAAUAUGUAUUAAUUGCCAUUUC